AUGUUCCUCAAAACCUCGUUGAUCGCACUCUCCAUCCUUCCAGGACUCGUCUUCUGCGCUCCUGCAGCUAGCGAAGCUCUCAGUGUCACUACUUCAACAACCUCCACCGCGGCCUCGUCGAUGCCAACUGUACCCUACAUCAACACCGACCCCAACGAGUCGCUGUGGACUGAAGACAGCGAUCCUUCAGUUGUACAGCCUGAACGUGGAACCCUCGGAGCACCUUUCUUGCGCCCAGAGCCUGCAGAAAAUAUCGCGAUUGAUUUGCAGAAUCCCGAUCUCUUGGCGCCGCCGUCCACGGAUUCCGGAGCGGUGAUGAACGCUAAAUGGCCUUUCUCUCUGAGCCACACGCGUUUACAGACUGGUGGUUGGGUUCGUGAGCAGAAUGUUGGAGUGAUGCCAAUUGCCACAUCAUUGGCUGGUGCGAACAUGCGUCUUGAACCUGGAUCGAUUCGAGAGCUCCAUUGGCACUCGUGUUCCGAGUGGGCAUAUGUUCUAAAGGGAUCUACACAAAUUACGGCGGUAGAUGAUGAAGGUCGCAACUACGUUGCUACGGUAGCCACUGGUGACGACGAAGGUGGUUCUGAAUUCCUCUUGAUAUUCGAUGACGGAUCGUUCGGUGAAGACACCACAUUUUCGCUAAUCGACUGGCUUGACCACGUCCCCGCGGAAGUACUCCAAAAGAACUUCCAAGCUGACACUUCCGCGUUCGCGCAUAUCCCAGGCAAGGAAUUGUAUAUCUUCCCUAGCACGACACUUCCGGAGGAAGAUUCACUUGUGCCCGAAAGUCCCCAAGGAACUGUUCCCCAACCCUUCUCGUUCGCAUUAUCCAAAGCAAAUGGUACCCAGACUUCUGGCGGCAGCUAUAAAGUCGUAGAUUCAUCAACUUUUGAAAUAUCGAAGACUAUCGCAAUGGUGGAGGUGACCGUUGAGCCGGGCGCGAUGCGAGAACUCCACUGGCACCCGAGCCAAGAUGAAUGGAGCUAUUUCAUCGAAGGACAAGGACGCGUGACUCUCUUUGCGGCACGGGGAAGAGCAAGAACCUUCAAUUACCAGGCUGGGGACAUUGGCUACGUUCCCAUUGGUAUGGGUCAUUACGUCGAGAAUACUGGGAACACUACGCUGAAGUUCAUUGAAGUCUUCAAGUCUGACCGUUAUCAAGACAUAAGUCUGAACCAGUGGCUGGCUCUCACGCCUCCUCACAUAGUAAAGGAUCAUCUCAAUGUUGAUGAUGAAACUAUCGCGUUGAUGUCCAAGACGAAACCAUUUGUUAUUGGGCCUUCUUGAAGCGGUGAUAUUUACUAUCUUGGUAUAUUUACUAUGAUUUAUUAGAACCCGUAUAUGAAAGAGUAAACCCCCCCCCCCCCCCCCCCCCCUCUCAAAAAAGAGAGCCGAGACCACAAGUCAGUGAACAGCGACCGUUAUCGUUAACCCUUCAAUAUCGGCGCGCGUAAUGGCUGACAGCCUUUGUUAAAAAAUAAACUUCUGAAGCGGUGGCUUCUCAUGAGAUAGAAAAAAAUGAACGCAAGUAAUAAGUCUCGUAUAGUCCAGGUCAUAAUAGUGUCAAAAAGUCCCAAGGAAACAUGUGCGGUCCAAUAGAGCGUUUAGUAGCCUCGCGUAAGGAGAUGAGAGUAGCAAUGCCACAUGGCGAUAAAUCGGAGUUGUACUACGUUAAACGGACAAUGUAUGCAGCACCACGGCCGGACUACAUACAAGUAUAAUAGACGAUGUCCAUUAUCUAGUAACUAGGGCCGCCUUUGA